AUGUCAGACCAGCAAGAUACCCACCCUCAAGGUGGCUCCCUCAGCGACAUGGCAGUCGAAGGCACUACCGUUCCCUCUUCCGCCUCCGAACCACGCUAUAUCCCUUCAAAGCCGCGUCCUGGCCAAGUCACAGACCCCACGGACGACCCCGUUGAAUUAAACAAGCGUGACGCUGCCGGGGAAGUGGACAAUGCUGGGGAUAUCUCGCGAAGCACUCGAGACAACGCACCCACCCCAGAUAUCGUGACCGGAACUGGGGACGCUCUGCCAGCUGAAGCAGGGAGCAAGAGGCUGCAUAAUAUCCAGCAGGGCGAGUUGAGCAAAGGGCACCCGAGGUACGAGAAGCAUGUGAGGCAGAAGGGUAGUGACCAGGAGAAAGGUGCUAGUAAGGGUGGAGAGGAGGAGUAUGUGGGUGAUGGUGUCGUCGGGGGACGUUGA